AUGCGCAAGCUUGGUCAGACUGUAUCAGAUGCUUUCCAUGCGGUGUUGAACACUAUGCUUUGGGCAUUCUACAGCGUAACAGUACGGCCACUGAAAGCUUUGGGAUUGCUGUUUUAUGAUAUUGUUGAGGGAGCAUUCUACCUAACACGUAAUCUCAGCGAGUCAAUUUCGGAUUGUGUAUACGAGCACGCCGGUGGAUACCGUCACCCUUAUCGUCGCCGCUCACUCUAUGAAAUUCUCGUAAUAGCUAUGUUCAAGCUGGUUUCUGGCAUAUUCAGCAUAUUACGUUGGCCAGUGGAUCUUGUCGCUGGACUCUACCGCGAGGCAAGUCUCCUCCUCACUCGAAAGUACUACGAACUUUUGGCCGAGAAGGGAAGGAAGGCACAUACAGAGGCUGUAAUCAAAAAGUUCCGAGCAAUGAAUAAGGAAACUGCCGAAAUAACUCGGUGGAGGUUGAUGAGAAAAGCUGAGCAGGAGUCAGCGGCCAAAUAUGAUUGGAAUGGCGGUAACCAUAACUAUGACGAUAAUGACCCUAAUGAUCCGGACAGGAGAUUCUAUAAUCUUCGUUCUCGCAACUUGGCUGCUUUCGACACUGACUCUGAAGAUGAUGAUGUUACGCCAAGGCGACGCAAGACCGUACGUUUUGAUACAGUACCAAGUGAAACAACUUACGGUGGUUCUGAUUUCCGCAAAGCUUCCAUGGCCACUCGUAUAGCCACUUGGCUUGGAUCCAUGGCCUCCUCUGUCGUGUAUUAUAUGCUGUCCGGUGCUGAUUUUGCUCUUAAAUGCGUUAAGGCUCCUUAUCGUAUAUUGACCGGAGAAGUUGACAGCGAUUAUGUUACCCCAUCGAACUCAGCGGAAGAGGUGUAUCUGCAUGGUCGUCACUCACAUGUUCGCAGAAUGACUGCUGGCGCAGACGAAGAUUAUGAGGAUGAAGAUCGUGAAUUAUAUAUGGAACCUGAACCAUCACCUCUCCUCUCUCGAUUCAUGUCUUUCUGCUCCACCGUGCUGUACGCUCCGUGUCGUGCUUUCCUUUUCAUCACUUUUGCUGUUGUGGAUUUAAUGCGAUGGUUGCUGUCA